GAAAUCUCAAAGUUGAUAGGAAGUGGAAACUUGUCGGUCGGUGGAUCUCUACAAUAAUAAUGGAAGCAGGAAAGAAGCCUUAUUUGGCUGCAAUUUUCAUACAAUUCAUAUAUGCUGGUAUGUUUAUGAUCUCUAAGGCUGCAUUCAAUGGAGGAAUGGACAAUUUCGUCUUCGUCUUUUACAGACAAGCUGCUGCCACUAUCUUCUUGGUCCCUCUCGCCCUUAUCUUUGAAAGGAAAACUGCACCCCCACUGUCAUUCAAGGUCUUCUGCAAGAUUUUCACACUUUCUUUGUGUGGGAUAACUUUAUGUUUGAAUAUCUACAAUGUUGCUCUCAUUUACACCUCUGCAACGUUGGCAGCUGCAACUGCAAACACCCUUCCUGUCAUCACCUUCUUCUUGGCUGUUCUGCUUAGGAUGGAAGCUGUGAGUUUUAGGAGCCUUUCAGGAAAUAUGAAAAAUUUAGGUGUGAUACUCUGCAUGGCUGGUGCUGCGACUCUAGCCUUCUACAAGGGCCCACAUCUAAAACCCUUAACCCAUUUGCAUUUGUUGGGAAAUCAUAAUCAACAAAAUAAUCUAGUUACUGUCCAUACAACAAAGACAUGGAUAAAGGGUGUCUUUAUAAUGCUCUCUUCCAACACAUUAUGGGGUUUUUGGAUCGUAUUACAGGGUCUUGUUUUGAAAAGCUACCCAUCAAAGCUUCUCCUCACAACUCUUCAGUGUUUUCUCAGCACCAUUCAGUCCUUUGUUCUUGCUAUUGUUUUCCAAAGAAACCUUCAUAAAUGGAAGUUGCAUUGGGACAUUGGACUUGUUGCAGUUGCCUAUUGUGGAUUUAUGGUUACUGGUUUUACAUUCUAUUUACAAUCAUGGUGUAUUGAGAAGAAGGGUCCAGUGUUCCUAGCCAUGUCUACCCCCUUGUCUUUGAUAAUUACUAUGUUUUGCUCCUCAUUAUUUGCGGGUGAAGUUAUCAGUUUGGGAAGUGUUUUAGGUGGGUUGUUUUUGGUUGGAGGCCUCUUUGCUGUCUUGUGGGGGAAAAGCAAGGAAGUUAAUGGAAGGAAAGUAGCUGAUGAGAAUGGUGGAAAGGAAAUGAUGAUCAAAGAUGUCAAGAACAACUUAGAAAUUAAAGAAAGUGUGUGAUAACUUGAUCCUCUUUCUUUUCAAUUUAUAGGGCAAUCAUGUUAAAGUCCAAGGGAAGUCUUCGAUUUUCUAUGAGAUAAAUUAAUUUUCCACAAAUUGUCAUUGUGGGAUUUUGUGGUAAAAUGAAAAG